CAGGUAUGAAAUGCUAUGGCAGAUGCUCUGGGGCUGCAGAAGACAACAAACAACACGUUAUCUGCUAGAACAAGGAGGCGGUGCAGGGGUGAUGUUACUGUCCUGUUGCACAACAGACUCACUAUAAAUCCAACAGUGUCUUGUUGGGUCAAUAGAGGAGUCAGACGUCCUACGAUGAAGUGCCUUCUGUCUAUGUGUUUUGCCAUCGGCAUCUUAGUGACUGUGUGUGACGCAGCCUGUUUUAGCACACUUCCCAUUCAUGGUGGCCCUGAGGGGUGUAUGUACAAAAGAAAGUAUCAUGAACCCGGCAGCACAUGGAGAACCAAGAACUGCUUAGAUUGCUCUUGCUCUAAUUAUGGGGAGUAUCAUUGCUGCGAUGUUUCUGGCAGACCGGUAAACUAUGACAAAGAAAAAUGUAUAGCAUUGUUUAAUAAGGCAACGUGCAUAUACACCGUGGUGCAUAAAGAUGAUCGAUCGAAGACAUGUGCCCAUGCAAUGGUUGGCUAAACACGUCAUCUACAUGAGCUUUGUCACUAAGUGCCACUUGCUGCUACUGGGUCACUGAAGGAGCACAACCUGUGCCUUAGAAAAGAGAGAACGCUUCACUCAUGAUAGUAAAUCUGCUUUAUGAUGAGUUUUUAUAAUAAACUUAAUAAACUUACAAACUAAUGACA